AGAUCAACUGACGUUCUUAUUGGAUCAUUACUGUGACAAAGCCAGCCGGAUAUUUUAGUCCUGUGGGGGCUUUUCUCAGUCAGAGUUAGCAGAUCAAACAGCCGUCUGCCUCUCUGCUGUGGGGGGGUUUCUCGCAGGUUGGUUUCUUUUGUCACAGUGGGCGCACCUUCAAAAAAAAAAAAAAAAAAAAAGGCGGUGGCUGACCAGACGCGCUGAGCCGACAAGAAGAAGCAGAAGCUGAGACUCCCUCCAACUGACAGACAGCAUGUCCACCGCUGGAGCCUUCUUCCAGAGCGUCAGCUCCGACAGCCCCCCCAGGCCCCGGCAGAAAUUCUGCGGCGUGUUCUGCCCGGUGGAGGGCUCUGCAGACGGUAAGACGCUGGACCUGGACGCGCUGUCGGCGUGCCGGGGCGGCGGGAGAGUCAUCGACCGGCAGACGGAUAUCUCUCAGCGCAGGAAGGUGGAGAUCCGGGAGAGCACGGGGAAGGAAGCCCUCCAGAACCUGGAUGACAAACGGAGCGACCGUCUCCUGAUUAGAGGAGCCAAGAUCGUGAACGAUGACCAGUCCUUCUGCGCCGACGUCUACAUGGAGGACGGAGUCAUUAAACAAAUUGGGGAGAACCUGAUUGUUCCCGGUGGCGUGAAAACCAUUGACGCUCAUGGUCGCAUGCUGAUGCCCGGCGGCAUAGAUGUGCACACACGCUUCCAGAUGCCCGACCGGGGCAUGACUGCCGCUGACGACUUCUACCAAGGAACCAAGGCGGCUCUGGCUGGUGGCACCACUAUGAUCCUCGACCAUGUGCUACCUGAGCCUGGAGUCAGCCUCCUGUCUGCCUUCGAGCAGUGGCGGGAAUGGGCUGACAGUAAGGCGUGCUGCGACUACUCGCUGCACAUCGACAUCACCGAGUGGCACAAGGGCAUCCAGGAGGAAAUGGAGACGCUUGUGAAGGAUCAUGGAGUCAACUCGUUCCUCGUCUACCUGGCUUAUAAGGACAUUUUCCAGCUCACUGAUGCUCAGGUGUAUGAGGUGUUUAGCGUCAUCCGCGAUCUGGGAGCCAUCGCUCAGGUUCACGCUGAGAACGGAGACAUCGUUGCUGAGGAGCAACGCCGCAUCUUGGAGCAAGGAAUCACCGGGCCUGAAGGGCACGUCUUGAGUCACCCCGAGGAGGUGGAGGCGGAAGCUGUAAACCGUUCUGUGACUGUGGCCAAUCAGACGAACUGCCCCCUCUACGUCACCAAGGUGAUGAGCAAGAGUGCCGCUGAUGUCAUUGCUCAGGCAAGGAAGAAGGGCACUGUGGUCUAUGGAGAACCAAUAACUGCCAGCCUGGGAACGGACGGUUCCCACUAUUGGAGUAAGAACUGGGCCAAGGCAGCAGCCUACGUCACCUCCCCGCCCCUGAGCCCCGACCCCACCACCCCAGACUAUCUGAAUUCUCUUCUUUCAUGCGGUGAUCUGCAGGUGACGGGAAGCGCGCACUGUCCUUUUAACACGGCUCAGCGCGCCGUUGGGAAAGAUGACUUCACCUUGAUUCCUGAAGGCGUCAAUGGCACAGAGGAGAGAAUGUCCAUUAUCUGGGACAAGUGUGUGGUGACCGGGAAGAUGGACGAAAACCAGUUUGUGGCUGUGACCAGCACCAAUGCCGCCAAGAUCUUCAACCUGUACCCCCGUAAGGGCCGCAUCGCUGUGGGCUCAGACGCUGAUCUGGUGCUGUGGGACCCAGACGUCACAAAGAUAAUCUCUGCCAAGAGCCACAACUCGACUGUGGAGUACAACAUCUUUGAGGGCACAGAGGUGCGCGGCGGGCCUCUGGUGGUCAUCAGCCAGGGAAAGAUCAUCUUGGAGGAAGGGAACCUUCAUGUCACCGAAGGUUCCGGACGUUUUGUGGCCCGCAAACCGUUUCCUGACUACGUCUACAAGAGGAUAAAGGCUCGCAGCAGGCUGGCUGAGCUGAGAGGUGUACCUCGAGGACUCUACGAUGGUCCAGUCUGUGAGGUGUCAGUCACUCCCAAAACAAUGACUCCUGUUUCCUCUGCCAAAACCUCACCUGCCAAGCAGCCCAGCCAGCCAGUCCGUAACCUGCACCAGUCUGGCUUCAGUUUAUCUGGUGCUCAGGUUGAUGAUAACAUCCCUCGCCGGAACACUCAGCGCAUCGUGGCGCCUCCGGGCGGCAGGGCUAACAUCACCAGCUUGGGUUAGUGCUCCGCCCAGGCUGCAGAGGAAGAGAAGGAGCAGAUUUGUGGAAGAGUGGCCUUCAGCGGCUGUGAAGGGGGCUUGGAAGUCUCAACACUAAACCCUUCACGGCUUCUGAGCGAGUCAUCCUUCAGCCUCAACAACUCUGACAUUCUUCCUUUGCGUUUUUUCCCCUGCACAUAUUCACAAUCUCUGUCCAAACACAACCUAAUGCUAAGGGACACAGUUAAAUGCACACAUAAAAAAACUGAAGAAAAAAAAUGCCUGCCUUGUCUGUUGGUAAAAAGUGAAAAUAUGUCUGCACUUUUGACACUAUUACUUUAUAAACUGUUUUUAUUUUACUCUCCUCCUAUCACACCUCCUUUUGAUGUUGCUCUUUGCAUUAAGCAGAAUUGACACUGAAAAAAGGCUGCAGGAGUUCCAUUGUAUUUCCAUUCCUUUUUAUUGUGCAAGAAACUAAACUUAGCUUAGGUACAAAACCAGGACUGAUGUGAUAGCUUAGAAAACACCAACAGUUUUGCAUUUGAGUGAAAGCUAGUAAAAGUAGCCAACACUUGAUUUUAUCUGCUCUCUUUUACAGUAAUUUGCUGUCAGGACUGCCUUAAGGUUUAACAAAUGAAAGAUCAUUUAUUUGCUAUUAAAACUCCUUCAUGUUGGUUAUGGAUUAAGUAUUCUUAAAGAGAACUCAAUGUUUAAUUUCUCAGUUUUAAGUUUAGGGUAAUGAGCAUAAUAUUUGUAAUAUUUUGGUAAAUGAAUACUUCAAUUUGUUAGCUUUAUUUUACGAUGAAUUCAAAUCCAUUAAGGAAAAUUACAAGACAAAAACAAGACACGUUUUAGCUUUGCACAUCUUCAUUGUAAAAGCCUUUCAAAGGUCAAAAAGCAAUUUCAGUUACUCUGUUUUAUGAAAAAAACAUAAAACUGAGAUGUUGCUGACAUAAGGUGAUGAAUAAACUUUAGCCCUUGCCCUUUGCUUUGAUAAAUAAAGUAGCUUAGCAGCAGGGUUUAAAAAGAGUUAACAGGACAAAUAGAACAUUUCUAAAACUUCACUGUACGUGUUGAUUUGCAUAAUUAACUUUUUUAUUUUUCAGAGUUAAAAAAUUCAGUUCUUUCUAUUUAUUAAAUUAGCUAUGUAUGCUAGCCUUAGUGCAAGACAAUGAUAAUUUAAACAAGAAUAGCACGUGUGGUAAACAAAAGCUAACAACAGACGUAGAAUCUGACUAAACUUAAUACAGAGAUAAAACAUUUUAAACAAUUUUAUUAAAACUGUAAAUUAGCAUGUAUUGGCAAACAUUCUUUCUUUCUUAUCCUUAUAGAUGGAAAAUCCUGUAACGUUAGCAUUUUUCUGCUAUCUCUACAAGUUAACCGCUGCUUCUAGAAACUUCCAGCACUUCUGAUUGAAUCUGGCAAAUUAUGGUAAACCAUCCUAAUUUUCCCUAAUUCAUCUUUGCUAAACAUAAACUGCUUAAACCGCGAAUAUUUGAAAUGCUGCAGCAUCAACAUUGUGUGUUAUUACUGUGAGGUAAAUAUUUUAUACCAUAUAAAUAUCAUAACAUCCUUUUUGCAUUUUUUUUUUAAACUUCACUUUUUCCUUCUGUAGAGCAGACUUUACAUUUCCAAAGCCACGGGAUGGCAGUCCAUCACCACACAGUGCAUUUAGAAACACAACCUUGUUUUUUUUUUAAUUUUACAUUAAUGUGACUUUUAUGCUCAUCAACGUCCGCCUUUGCUUUCUACUAUUUAAUGUGCCUGAACCUACAGGAGCUGUAUGCAGCUGUUAUUCUAACUUUGUUAUUCUUUUAAGGGUAAGUGAAGGUUGUAAGAUAAAAAGUUGUAAAAUAGCCAGGAUUAACCGAUUCAAAGGUGCCAGAUGUUGUGCUUUCGUAGGGCCUGCACUGCAGUUAAAGCCCGUGUAAAGACGAAAAAUGCUCAGUAUCUUGAAAUGUUCUAAUAUUUGAGUUUUUACCUUGAUGUCAAACUGCUUUUUAGUGUCAUUCUGUAAUUAGAUGCCUAAGGGCUGCGCACUAUUCAUUUAUGCUUGAAAGUAGACAUUCAUGAGCUAUUGUACUUUUUGACUCGUGUGCAGUGUUGAUGUGUGAGGGAUGGGACAGCAAGCUCCUGCACAACACUUUGAACAGUGUUGGAUCUCAGAUUACACCUCUUAGUUUUGAUUAGUCAUCAAACCAACUUCCUGCAUUCCUGUUGAUGCGAACAUGGUGCUGACCACCAGUGUCUCCUUUAUGGAGUUCUGGCUAGAUUUCAGCGGUACAUCGGUUUGAAGAGACCAAAGUCGCAGCUCUGCUUUCAGUGUCAAAGCGGGAGUUUCUUUGUGAGUUUGGUCCAUGACUCAUUCACAUGUAUACACAAAUACAGUAAAGUAGCUGUGGUGACAUGCAAGACCUAUGCUUCUGCUGUAAACCUCAGGCCCCCCUUCUCUUAAAGUUAACUGGAAAUCUGUAGAUGGCGAAGCCUGUCAGUGUUAUAAAAGGGACAUAUCUUCAAAGAAUCCCAGGCAAAGUGAAUGUAGCGCAAUGAUGAAUAAUGAAUCUGCAGAUGUACUGAGAAGUGGCCAGCGGAGAUCAGAACUCCACCUCAACUGUGAAUCAAACUGCUCGGCACAAGGUUUUUAGUUUUAGAAGUUGUUUAAUAUUUUCCAGUUUUCCUUACUGUGUUUUUUAAGGGGCAGUGUGGCACAUUGUCACCAACACUAGGACAGUUUGGCAAUAACCGCUUCAUCCUCUCCCCUUUUCUCCACUACCCCUCCCCACCAGGCAUCUUUGAUUGUUUCUGCCUGUUGCCAUGGUGACCAAUCCCUCCUCUCUCAGAGUAAUUCCUUUUAUUUUCUGUUUGUCGUGGCAACGUUUGACGGAUCACAGGUUGCCACUAGCAACCCAUCCAGACCUGGUGCUGUUAUUGCAGCUCUGGCCCCAUAUUUUUCAAAUUAUUCUGUCAGCAUCAUGCUACUCCGUAAGACUCAACAAGAAUCCACUAGAGCUGAAUUUGUUGUGCACAUUACAACUGUUGCAGUGGCGGAUCACACACACACACACACACACAUACGUGGAAAGAACUGACUAAAAAGCCACCUGUCAGCACUCGCUGGCAUCCCUGCCGAGUCCCAUGCCUCCUCAUCCGACAUACGCGCGCACAGACCUAUACUCCUGAUGCUCUGUCUGCUUGAGUGCUUUCCUUAUCCCAUAAUAUGCUAAUGAUAUAUGAGUGAAAUGUAUGUACACAAUCUGCUGCCGACUGAGGUAGUCGAUGCUGUUGAACACCUUCUUUAGUCGCCCCUCUAUGAGUCUUUCCCUUUUUGUGAAAGUGAAACUGUGUGACGGUGUUUGUCUCGGUGGCUGUGGGGUUCCUGGGAUGUUUGCUUGUUAUGGAAAAAGUGUCAAAUCCCAUGGAUGGUGAUGUAAGAAAAAACAACAAUGCAGAAAUGAAAUAAUGAAUAAAAAAUUAAAAAGAAA